AUGUCGGGCAAAUUUCUGCUCCAUGUCGUACUUCUGUCCGUGUUGCAUGCAUGUUCCCAAACCCUGGCAUCUGAAGACGAGGAGUACGACGACGUGACCGUCAGUCAAAUGCUGUCGCCGAAAAAGAACGAGAUGGACGCCACUCAGAUCCUGAACAACCUCCUGAAGGAGUACGAUAAGAAGCUCCGCCCCGACAUCGGAGUUAAACCGACUGUCAUCGACGUCGAUAUCUUCGUUAACAGCAUCGGACCCGUCUCAUCAAUAAAUAUGGAGUAUCAGAUCGACAUCAUCUUUGCUCAGACAUGGACAGACAGUCGGCUCAGAUACAACAGCACCAUGAAGAUAUUAACGUUAAACAGUAACAUGGUGGGGCUGAUCUGGGUCCCGGACACUAUUUUUAGAAACUCCAAGAACGCAGACUCACACUGGAUUACCACACCCAAUCAGCUACUCAGGAUAUGGAAUGAUGGGAAAAUACUGUACACUCUCAGACUGACUAUAAACGCUGAGUGUCAGCUGCAGCUCCACAACUUCCCCAUGGAUGAACACUCCUGCCCACUCAUCUUCUCCAGCUAUGGCUACCCGCGAGAUGAAAUGAUCUACAAGUGGAGGAAGAACUCUGUGGAAGCGGCUGACCAGAAGUCCUGGAGACUUUAUCAGUUUGACUUCAUGGGACUGAGGAACACCACGGAUGUCCUCAAGACCACCUCAGGUGACUAUGUGGUGAUGACGGUUUAUUUUGAUCUGAGCAGAAGGAUGGGCUACUUCACCAUCCAGACCUACAUCCCCUGCAUCCUCACCGUCGUCCUCUCAUGGGUCUCCUUCUGGAUUAAAAAAGACGCAACACCAGCCAGGACUGCUUUAGUAAGCUGUUUUUUCUCAUCUGAAUGUGUUUGUCUUUUACUGGCAGGAAUAACCACGGUGUUGACCAUGACCACACUGAGCACUGUGGCCAGGACGUCGUUACCCAGAGUCUCAUACGUCACAGCCAUGGACCUCUUUGUGACCGUCUGUUUCCUGUUUGUCUUCGCGGCCCUCAUGGAGUACGCCACGCUCAACUACUACUCGUACAGUGCUCGCAGGCCGACCUGUAAAAAGACGAAAAGACCGAACUACUCAGUGCUGGAUGUGGGACCUCCUCCUACAGUCAUCGCUCUGAACAACUCCAUGUACUGGCAAGAAUUUGAUGACGCCUGUCUAUACGAGUGCUUGGAUGGAAAAGACUGCCAGAGCUUCUUCUGCUGCUACGAGGAAUGCAAAGGAGGAGCCUGGAGAAAGGGCAGAGUCCACAUAGAUAUUUUGGAACUGGACGCAUACUCACGCGUCUUCUUCCCCACCUCCUUCUUGUUGUUUAAUGUCGUCUACUGGGUAGGCUACCUCUAUCUUUAG